GAUUAUUAACCACAACUUUCCACUGAACCUGACAAGACAGUUUCCACACAACAAUAAAGUAUUGGUGUUGUAUUGAAGUUUUGAAUAUGCAACAUGAUCACCUGUGGGUCAAAGUUUCCCUUCCAGCUUGCUGUAUUAAGAGUAUUUAAAGGGAUUUAAUUAGUGCUGUGGUAUCAGGUCUGUGGUCAACCUCUCCAAAAUGUCACUACUGGGGGUCUUGUGCUGUCUGGGACUGCUGCUGUCUCUGUCCUCUGCAUUCACGAUUAGGCGGAUGUCAAAGGAGAAAUCCUUUGCCAUUGAUGCUGAUGAGGUAAUACGACGAGACAUCCCCUUCAUCAACUCAGGAUUGAAGACCCCUGUUGUCGAGGGCGACAUUGCAUUGAACCCUGGACGCAAUGCCCUUGUGGAUCCAGCCUUCAGGUGGAAAUUCCCCAUCCCUUACAUACUGGCUGACAGCCUUGACCUGAAUGCCAAGGGGGUCAUUUUCCAGGCCUUUGAGAUGUACCGGCUGAAAUCCUGUGUGGAUUUCAAACCCUAUGAAGGAGAGAAGAGCUUUAUCAAAUUUGAAAAGCUAGAUGGGUGCUGGUCUAUGGUCGGAGACCUACAGACAGGGCAACAGCUGUCAUUGGGCCCAUCCUGUGACUACAAAGGCACCAUAAUGCAUGAGCUCCUCCAUGCCCUGGGCUUUUACCACGAACAGUCUCGCACCGACCGAGAUGACUAUGUGGACAUCUGGUGGGACCAGGUCCUGCCUGGUAUGGACCACAAUUUUGAUAAAUACGCUGAUGAUUUCAUCACCGACCAGAACACGCCAUACGACUACGAGUCUAUCAUGCAUUACGGCCCAUAUUCCUUUAACAAAGACCCACGGUACCCAACCAUCACAGCCAAGGACCCAGAGAUGACCAAAGUGCUGGGCCAGUACAAUGACUUCAGCAGCCUGGAUCUACUGAGGCUCAACAGGAUGUAUAACUGCUCCUCCUCUCUGACGUUGUUGGACCAGUGUGCCUUUGAGACCGUCAACACCUGUGGGAUGAUCCAGAACCGUAACGAUGAUGGUGACUGGGUACGCACCAAGAGCCAGCCAGGGUCUCAUGACCACACUCUCAUUGGCCAGUGCAAAGACGCAGGGUUCUUCAUGAACUUUUACACCGACACCGGCCGGGCAGGCGACUCAGCCUUUCUGGAAUCCAGGGUCCUGCACCCCAAGAGGAAUCUGCAGUGUUUGCAGUUCUUCUACAAGAUGACAGGAAGCUCCAAGGACAAGCUGGUGGUCUGGACCAGGAAGGAGGUUGCUAAGGGCAAAGUCUUAUCCCCUACUGCAGCUGGGAAUUUCACAGGUGAUGACGACCACUCCUGGAAGAUUGCCCACGUUCCUUUGACGAUGGACUCCAAGUUCCGCUAUGCCUUCCAGGGGAUCAGGGGCGACCCAGCCAACUCCUUGGGGGGGAUUCAGGUGGAUGACAUCACCCUAGCGGAGACACGCUGCCCCAGUGGAACAUGGCGUAUCAAGAACUUCAGCGAGUACAUGAAGAGUUACGCCACAGGAGAGUACAUCCAGAGCCCACGUUUCUACAGCCCCGAGGGCUACGCCUUCGGCAUCCAGCUGCUACCCAACUCCUACUACAAUGGGUACAUUGGGGCCUUCUUCCACCUGAGCACCGGGAAGAACGACCAGGCCCUGGAGUGGCCGGCAGGGAACAGACAGGUCACCAUCACACUGCUGGACCAGGACUCUGACGUCAGGCAUCGGCAGUCCUUCUCCUACAGCUUCACCACCAGUCCCACUCAUCUCAUUCCAGACUCCAACAUAUUGUACUGGGAUAACCCGUCCAAGAUGGGGACGUACGACCCGUCCUGUGACUGUUAUCAUGGCUGGACCUGGGGCUGGAACGCCUACUUCUCCCACUACCACCUCAAUAGUAGGAGCUACCUGAAGAAUGAUGACCUCAUUCUCUUCGUUGAGUUUGAAGAUCUUACUCCGCUGAUCAAAAGUGAAGUUCCAGUCAAGUCUCCAGUUCAGCUCCGGAGUCAGGACUGAGGCUGUCCAGAACAUUUAUCAGAUGCAGACUUUAUGCAUUUUUAAAUGUCAAUGUUCACUUUUCUUUUUAUUUCAAACAUUUACAUAAAGGCAGUGGAAGUAAACAUUAGCAGGCCUAUUGACAAGUCAAUUUGUCAGUUGUAAUGUUAAACACUGUCUUGACAAUCUGUCUGUGGCCUCCAUCUGGAAACUGGUUUGUUUAUUUGUAGCCUGUGAAAUGCACCUUCAUGCCGCUUUUAUCUGAUUAAAAUCAAACUAUUCAAA